GUCUGUCUGGGUUUAUCCUUUUUUUCUUCAGACUUUUUAACUCCGUUUGGAUAUAAAUUAACAAAUUAUUUGAUCGAUGACUCGGCGGCAUCAAGAAAGAAGAAAGGUGGAUUAAUUUCGAGGCGAGAUGCGGGGAAGUUGUUGGUGAAUCAGAAGAAGAGCGGCUGAUGAGAAGGAAACUGAUCAAAGCGCGCAUCGACUGAAGAUGAUCAUCGCUGUGCGGCGCUGAGAAGCAGCGAAGAUGUACGAGGAGAACCGCCGAAGUACUGGUCGCAACGGCUACGCCAAAGCAGUGGAUGGGGAGGAUGGAGGGGGGGAGGGGGAGGAAGAGGAGGAGGGAGGAGAGGUGGAUGGCAGAGGGGAUAGAGGAGAAGAAGGAGGAGGAGGUGAGGAGAGUAACGCGGAGUGGGAUCAAGAGCUGGAAGGAGAGAAUGAAGGAGGGGUGAGGAUGACAAGAACUGACACUCUUCACUCGACCACAAGUUCGACAGGAACGCAGAGAAAAAGAGGACAACACGCUAAGAAACAGGUGCAGGGUACUAAUCAGGUUCAGCGAGCUCCUCGGGCAUUAUUCUGUUUGAAACUCAACAACCCAAUCAGACGGGCUGCGCUCCAUAUCGUCGAGUGGAAGCCAUUUGACAUCUUCAUCUUGUUAGCCAUCUUUGCGAACUGUGUUGCCCUGGGAGUUUCCAAACCGUUUCCAGAGGAUGACUCCAACUCCACCAACCAUGACCUGGAACAAGUGGAGUAUGUCUUCCUGAUCAUCUUCACUGUGGAGACCUUCCUAAAGAUCCUGGCCUAUGGUCUGGUGAUGCACCCCAGCUCCUACAUCCGCAACGGCUGGAACUUGCUCGACUUUGUCAUCGUCAUAGUUGGGUUGUUCAGCGUUGUCCUGGAGACAAUGACUCAUAAAUCAAGCGGAGAGCAGGCGACAACCCAUCACAUGCCUGGGAAACCUGGAGGUCUGGAUGUCAAAGCUCUGAGAGCCUUCAGAGUCCUGCGGCCCCUCAGACUGGUUUCUGGAGUCCCCAGUCUGCAGAUUGUGUUGAACUCCAUCAUGAAGGCGAUGGUUCCUUUGCUUCACAUUGCUCUGCUGGUUCUCUUUGUCAUCAUCAUCUAUGCCAUCAUCGGUCUGGAGCUCUUCAUCGGACGCAUGCACAGAACCUGCUACUAUACAGGAACAGAUAAUUAUGUGGAGGAUGACCCGGUGCCGUGUGCGUUUGCUGGUCAUGGCCGUCAGUGCGUCAUCAAUGGCUCGGAGUGUCGGGGGAGGUGGGACGGUCCCAAUGGAGGAAUCACAAAUUUCGACAACUUCUUUUUCGCCAUGUUGACCGUGUUUCAGUGCAUCACCAUGGAGGGGUGGACUGAUGUAUUAUACUGGAUGAACGAUGCCAUUGGAUUUGAGCUGCCGUGGGUCUAUUUUGUUAGCUUGGUGAUUUUUGGCUCCUUCUUCGUUCUGAACCUCGUUCUGGGCGUCCUCAGCGGAGAGUUCAGUAAGGAGAGGGAGAAGGCGAAGGCUCGGGGGGAUUUCCAGAAGCUGCGGGAGAAGCAGCAGAUGGAGGAGGAUCUGUGUGGCUACAUGGACUGGAUCACUCAGGCCGAGGACAUGGACGAACUGGAUGAGGACGGAAACCCACGGCCGUCUCUGGGAGAUUUGGCCGAUAAGAAGAGAGGGAAGUUUGGAUGGUUCAGUCACUCCAAUGAAACUCAUGCGAGUCUUCCUGCCAGUGAAACCGGAUCUGAAAACACUGAGAACAUUGAUGAAGAACACACCAACUGCUGCCAGUCUUGCUGUGCUCAGAUGAUGAAGAUCGGCUGCUGUCGGACGUUACGUCGCUGGAAUCGAGUCUGUCGCAGAAACUGUCGCACUGCCGUCAAAUCCGUAACUUUUUAUUGGCUGGUUUUGCUGCUGGUCUUCCUCAACACCUCCCUUAGCGCCUCCGAGCACUAUAACCAACCGGACUGGCUGACACAAGUCCAGGACAUUGCCAACAAGGUGCUGCUGUCUCUCUUCACGGUGGAGAUGCUGUUGAAGAUGUACAGUUUGGGUCUGGCUCAUUACUUUGUGGCAUUCUUUAAUCGUUUCGACUGCUUCGUGGUGUGUGGUGGCAUCGUGGAGACCAUCCUGGUGGAGCUGGACAUCAUGCCUCCUCUGGGGAUCUCUGUGCUGCGCUGCGUCCGUCUGCUGCGGAUCUUCAAGGUCACACGCCAUUGGACGGCUCUGUCCAAUCUGGUGGCAUCCCUGCUGAACUCCAUGAAGUCCAUCGCCUCGCUGCUGCUCCUCCUUUUCCUCUUCCUCAUCAUCUUCGCCCUGCUCGGCAUGCAGCUGUUUGGAGGAAAGUUCAACUUUGACGAGACGCAGACGAAACGCAGCACAUUUGAUGCUUUCCCUCAGGCGCUGCUCACCUGCUUCCAGAUCCUGACAGGUGAGGACUGGAACAUGGUCAUGUAUGACGGUAUCAUGGCGUACGGCGGCCCCGUGUUUCCAGGGAUGAUUGUCUGUAUUUACUUUGUCAUCCUCUUCAUCUGUGGUAACUAUAUCCUGCUGAACGUCUUCUUGGCUAUCGCUGUGGACAACCUGGCAGGUGGAGACAGCGACGACAAGAAAAAAGAUGAGAAGAAGGAGGGAGCUGAGGAGGAGGAGGCAGUAGAAGGAGAAGUGAAGGUCGAUGUUGAUGAAGACACCGAGUAUGAAGAGGAAGAGGAGCUUCCUGAAGGAGACGACGAGGGAGGAGUCCAGUUAAAGAUGGCUGAUCUUGCUCCUCCUAAAGAGAAGGUUCUUCCGAUCCCAGAAGGAAGCGCCUUCUUCUGCCUCAGCAAGACAAACCCUAUCCGUGUGGCCUGUCACUCUCUGAUCCACCACCACAUUUUCACCAACCUCAUUCUCGUCUUCAUCAUCCUCAGCAGCUGCUCGUUGGCUGCCGAGGAUCCGAUCAGAGCGCACUCCUUCAGGAACAACAUUCUGGGCUAUGCAGACUACGCCUUCACCUCCAUCUUCACUGUGGAGAUUCUGUUAAAGAUGACGGUCCACGGAGCGUUCCUCCAUCAGGGCUCGUUCUGCAGAAACUGGUUUAACUUGUUGGAUCUGCUGGUGGUCAGCGUCUCUCUGGUCUCCUUCUUCCUGCACUCCAGUGCCAUCUCAGUGGUGAAGAUCCUCAGGGUCCUCAGGGUGCUCCGACCUCUGAGGGCCAUCAACAGAGCCAAAGGACUCAAGCAUGUGGUCCAGUGUGUGUUCGUGGCCAUCAGGACCAUCGGAAACAUCAUGAUUGUCACGACCCUGCUGCAGUUCAUGUUCGCCUGUAUUGGAGUCCAGCUCUUCAAGGGUAAAUUUUAUCGUUGUACCGACGAGGCCAAGAGCACCCCAGAACAAUGCAAAGGGACCUUCGUGGUGUAUAAAGAUGGAGAUGUGAGCCAUCCAAUGGUCAGAGAGAGGAUCUGGUUGAACAGCGACUUUAACUUUGAUAACGUCUUGAUGGGGAUGAUGGCGCUCUUCACCGUGUCCACGUUUGAGGGCUGGCCUGCUCUGCUGUACAAAGCCAUCGACGCCAACGGCGAGAACUCUGGCCCCAUUUACAACUACCGAGUGGAGAUUUCCAUCUUCUUCAUCGUCUACAUCAUCAUCAUAGCCUUCUUCAUGAUGAACAUCUUUGUGGGUUUUGUCAUCAUCACCUUCAGAGAACAGGGAGAACAAGAAUACAAGAACUGUGAGCUGGACAAGAACCAGCGUCAAUGUGUGGAGUACGCCCUGAAGGCUCAGCCUCUGAAGCUUUACAUCCCGAAGAAUCCGGUUCAGUAUAAGUUCUGGUCCAUCAUCAACUCGACAGGAUUCGAAUACGUCAUGUUUGUCCUGAUCCUUCUCAACACCGUCACUCUAGCCAUUCAGCACUACGAGCAGUCCAAAACCUUCAGCUACAUCAUGGACAUCCUCAACAUGGUGUUCACUGGACUCUUCACUUUGGAGAUGCUGCUCAAGCUGGCUGCUCUCAGGAUAAGGCAUUACUUUGUUGACGCCUGGAACUCGUUUGAUGCUCUGAUCGUGGUCGGCAGUGUGGUCGACAUCGUCGUCACUGAGUUCAGUAGCGGAGAAGACAGCUCCAGGGUGUCAAUCACGUUCUUCCGCCUGUUUCGAGUAAUGCGAUUGGUCAAGCUGCUGAGUAAAGGGGAGGGCAUUCGUACGCUGCUGUGGACUUUCAUCAAGUCGCUGCAGGCUUUGCCGUAUGUUGCACUGCUGAUUGCCAUGAUCUUCUUCAUUUAUGCUGUCAUCGGCAUGCAGACUUUUGGGAAGAUAGCGAUGCAGGAUUACACCCAGAUCAACAGAAACAACAACUUCCAGACAUUUCCUCAAGCUGUUCUCCUCCUCUUCAGGUGUGCUACCGGUGAGGCGUGGCAGGAGAUCAUGUUGGCCAGUCUUCCAGGUAAACGCUGCGACCCCGAGUCAGACUACGAACCAGGAGAGGAGUUCAGCUGCGGCAGCAACUUCGCCAUUGUUUAUUUCAUCAGCUUCUUCAUGCUGUGUGCUUUCCUGAUUAUCAACCUGUUUGUCGCUGUCAUUAUGGACAACUUUGAUUACCUGACACGUGAUUGGUCGAUUCUGGGGCCGCAUCAUUUGGACGAGUUUAAGAGGAUCUGGUCUGAAUAUGAUCCAGAGGCCAAAGGACGGAUAAAACACCUGGACGUUGUUGCUCUGCUCCGGAGGAUUCAGCCUCCUCUGGGUUUUGGGAAGCUUUGCCCUCACAGAGUCGCCUGCAAGCGUCUGGUAGCAAUGAACAUGCCUCUGAACGCCGACGGGAUGGUAACCUUUAAUGCCACGCUAUUCGCUCUGGUUCGCACUGCCCUCAAAAUCAAAACUGAAGGUAACCCUGAGCAGGAGAACGAGGAGCUGAGGGUGAUCAUCAAGAAGAUCUGGAAGAGAAUGAAGCCAAAACUGUUGGAUGAAGUCAUACCACCACACGAAGAGGAGGAAGUGACCGUUGGGAAGUUUUACGCCACCUUCCUUAUCCAAGACUACUUCAGGAAGUUCAGGAAGAGGAAAGAAAAAGGAGAUCUGACUGGUGAAAAUGACUCACCCAACCCAUCUGCUGUCCAGCUUUGUAAAGCUGGUCUGAAGACACUGCAGGAUCUGGGUCCAGAGAUGCGCCUGGCUCUGAAUGAAGACCUGGAGGAGGAGGAGGAGGCCAUGAUGGAGGAUGAGGAGAUGGAGGAGAACGCUGCAUAUAAGGCUGAAAAUGGUUAUGCACCAGAUAAAGAACGACGAGGCUCACUACUGACACCUACUGGUCAGGGUGGAGUUGUGGGUGACGGCGGUGUUUCUAACGGAGGUCUGAUCCACCGGGUUGGGUCUCUCACCAAGAUGGGAAAUGGCAGUGAUCACGAUGAACAUCUUCGCCGGGGAGACAGCAUGAGGUCAUCCAUUAAUCAACAUCACCACCGCCGCUCAUCUGUGAAGAACGGCCUGCUGGACCACGGCCACAAAAGACCGUCAUACUACAAAGGAAGGAGGGACUCAAGGGACAGAUCGUGGAGGAACGGAGACAUGGAGGCGUAUGGAGAACAGGGUUACUAUAGCAGAGAAGAAGACAAUGACAGCAUCACCUCCAGAGACAGACAUUACCCUGAUGAACCUCCUCUGUACAGAGACCAUUACGAUGGUCACUCCUCCUACACCAACAGUAGCUAUGGUAAUGGCUACAGCGAGGGGAGGAGGACAACCAGGAGACGCCUACUUCCUGCCACGCCCACAGGUCGGAAGCCGUCGUUUAACAUCCAGUGUCUGAGGAGGCAGGGCAGCAACGACGACUUGCCGAUUCCCGGGACGUACCACCCGACAUCACCACCGCGCCGCACACGCACACAGCAAACAUUCAACAGUUACGAGUCCCGUCACUCCUCUGGUCGCUCCACGGCGGCCUCCUCAGCAUCCUGGGCAAACCCCUGCCCUCGCCGCGGUCGCCUGCUCUAUGCUCCUCUCAUCCUAGUGGAGGAGGAAGGAAGUCCACCCUGGGGGGGAGGAGGAGGAGUAGGAGGACCUGCAGGUGAGAUGAAGAAGGGAGGAGCAGGAAGAGGUGUCAGUGUGACAGGUGCAGCACCCAGACCAGCCUGGUACGGCAACCCUGCAGGGACAUCAGCUCCGCCCCCAUACAGGGCGUACACCACCCUCAGAGUCCCCUCUCACCUUGGAGCACCGUUUACUGAGAAAAGAGGGUCAGCUGACAGUCUGGUGGAGGCGGUUCUGAUCUCAGAGGGUCUCGGUCUUUACGCUCGGGAUCCAAAGUUUGUGGCAUUUGCAAAGCGGGAGAUCGCCGACGCGUGCCACAUGACAGUGGAUGAGAUGGAGUCGGCUGCCAGCGACCUUCUCGGUUCCGGGAGCCACGGCUUUCUCAGCAACACCACCAGCGACCAUGCUGCUCUUUACAGCGACGAGGAGCCAAUCAGAACAGGCCAUGACGAGGACGAGCUGGCCGACGAGAUGACCUGUGUGACGUCAUUCUGAGGCUGUGGACCAAUCAGGGAUGGACCUGGAGGUGGGGCAUCUGUAAUCAGCAGGAACCAUGUUUGGAAUUUGACUGACAGGAUAACUAACCAGUCAGAGGAAGGAGGCGGGGAUUAAUUAAACGUUUUUGUGAACGAGAGGUCACUGAGGUAAAUUCAGAGGUGGAAGGAUGGAGAGAAGAGAAGACAAAAGGAAGAUAAGGAAGAAAGUAAAAGAAGAGGAUGGAAGAAGAUACAAAGGAAAAUGGAAGAAUAGAAGGAAAAGUUAAGGGAGAAUAGCAGAAAGGGUUAAACAUUUCAAAUAUUCAGAAAAAUGAAUGAAAGCAAAAUAAAAAGAGGAAAAAGUGAACACUGAUGUGGGAAGCAACACCUGCUAAUACUCAAAUCACUGAGAAGCUGAGGGGCAGGAGGGCCUAAGCGGACAGGUGGCGUGGUGUCCUGUGUUUGUGAAUCAAGAACACACCGGCUUCCUGCGAGUCCAGGAAUUUUUUUGGUGGCCUUUUUGGAGACAAAGUCUCUCUAAAGGCAAAGUCCCAGCAGUUUUACUCCAGUCCGCUCUGCAGUUCAAGAAACAAGGCAGAAAAUGAAUCGUUCACUUUUCCAACCUGUUUGUCCGCAACGUCGCCGCCAGCUCAGACAACGUGACCCAACGCAAACGAGCGUGGACGUCUCGCAUUCUCUGAAGUGUUGCUGAUAAAAUGUGGCUGUCUGCUUGAAUUAAAUCUGCAUUAACUUUGUUUCAGAGUGCUGUAGUAAAAUGAGAGGAAACCAAACACAUCCUUAUAUUAUACUUGUUACAUAUUGCUUCAGUGAGAGGUGGAGUGGUGUGGGAUGAAGAGAACAUAGACUGUAAAUGAAAGGUGACAUAGCCACCAUGACAUCAUCCACUGGUAUGUGAAGCAAGCCAAGCAGAGUAUUUUGGUCAUGUACAAAGAGGGGUGGGUCUCAUAAGGUAGUGAUGUGUCUACCCUGCUUUAAUAUACUUUUUUACAUUAACAGGGGCAGUAAUUUACAAGUCUAACGCCAUUUUGUAUUAAAUAAUACUUGAAACUACCAGUUGAGACCAUAAACCCAUCAGGAAAGUACGUACUGAGAUCAUAAAUUAAGUGAGCAUUAGGCUUAUUUCCACAUAGACUUCUAGACUAUCUUUUUUUUUUUUUUAAAUGAGUCUCCCCCUGGUGGACAUCAGUAGGAAUGCCGGUUUAAGGCACUUCCACACUGAGGGCGCCCUUAAAAAGAAACAAGAUGGCUGCGAGUGGUGUUUCACUGAGCACCACACUGAGAUUUCUUCUUCUUCUGACAGAAUUUACGUUUUACCAGAGCUAUACAAAAUCUCAUGGUACACAUAUUUCUGUCGCUGUAAUUGACAGUUACAGUUUAUAGCCUAUACAGUGUUAUAAUUCUACAUAUUUAAUUAGAAUAUGAGAUUUAUUUAUUAUUUACAUUUUUAGACUAGAUUUUCUUUUAAUGUCAGAAACUCGUGAAUCUGUGAAACCUAAACUAGAAAUUAAGUUUCUCAACAACCCAGAGGAUUUUAAACAGAAGAAUUAAGACCACUUAAAAAUUUUUAAACUAAGCUAAAACAUUAGUGAAAUAAACUUAAGCUAAACUUAAAAUUUAUAUUUUUACCAUUACCAUUACCAGUUGCUGGGCAGCUAGGUUAGGUGCUAGCUUAAGCUAACAAGCUAGCGGUAACCUACAGCUGCGGUUUGGUUAUCUGUAACAAAAACUUUAAAACAUUUUCUGCUGUAGCAUUAUAGUGUCAGUGGCUCUGCAGUGGUUUAUGUAUCUGCUUGGUUGGUGAAAGGUCGCUGGUUUAAGUCCAGCUGGGACACACAUCAUUUUUAGAGCUGCCUCAGGAAGUAUCUGGUAUAAAACUCUGCGGUGACUCGUUGAGACGAGGAGCCAGAAGUGGCUUUUUCUAUGAAAUGUUAGUGUCAGAUAAACUGUAAUGUUCAUAAUAAAUUAGUUACAAAUAAAUAAAUCAAACUUUUUCUAUUUUCAAGUCAACUUGUCAUGGAUGUCUUUAAAUGGUAUCCACAGAUAGACCAACCAAUUACAGGCGAUAGUUCAACAGCACCGGGUACUGCCCCUCGUCAGGCUUCCAGAUGUCAGCCAUCGGGAAGUGGGCUUUUCAGGAGGCUGGCCUUAACAAGAGAGGAGCUAAAAUGUUGCUUCAGACAAAGAAUGAAUGAAGGGAUUGUAAGAAAUGCCAGUACCAGAAAAAUAAUGAUCUUCUUAAAGUGUGAUUCAUGCAAAGCUACUCUAACGCAGUCACAGAAAAAAUAUAUAAAGCUGGAAAUGAGAACGGUCUACUUCACGAUCACAAUAAUGCAAAUAAUAAUAAUAAAGCGACUGAAACAAAUAAAUACGAGCUAGCUGAUGUUUUAAAUCAUCACUAAAAUCAAAAAUGUGACUGGAUGAUUUGUUUUUUUGUUUUGCUGAAGUUGUUUAUAACAAAAAGUUAUAGGAGUAGAUUUUUUUUUAAGAAGAUGCAGAAAUGAGAACUUGAUUUUCUUCCAUAGCAUUUAUUUAAUUUCCAUUUGCUCAUUUCAAAAUAAUAACCCCCACCUACAUGUUGAUGUAAUCUAUAAUCCACUUGUAUUCUGGUUUUGUAAAUAUAAAAUUAUAAAUAUGGAAGCCCAAGAAAAUCAGUAAAGAAAACAAUAAAGGCAAAUAUGUUCACUAUAAGCUGAAAUUUUAACUUACAUUUACUGACAGAAGUGAGCUUCCACUGGCAGUUUUCCACAACAACCUGGAACGAGAUGUUUGUGAUGUUUUUCAGGUUUCAGGUCUGGACUCCGCCGAUGUGUUUAGAUGCUUUCGAUAUACGUGCAGCACUGGGGAACAUUUUAUUUCUCAUGUCUCAUUAACAUGUUUUAAUGAAAGUCUACAUGCGAGGACCUGGAAAUACUUUUUUUGUCUGUUUUUUUAAUCUGUCAGGAGUGUGUUUGUUCAGUGUCUUCGGCUUUUUUUGUAUUUCAGAUGUUUGAUAUUUUUUACUGACUUGAACUGGAUUUCUGUUUGACUCUUGCCGCUCAGCGGUCCAGUGGUGUUUUUGUCUCGUCUGAACUUUUGUGUUUCUUCUUCAUUUUUAUUUGUUUUUCAUUUUUCUUUCCGACAGUUUGCACAGUUUCUCGGCAGUUAAGGGCUUUUUGAUUCCACGCCUGGAUUUUCUCCUCACAGCACCUUCAGACGUUGAACUGCCGCGUUCAGCUGAGAAACAGCUCUGCCUGAACCCUC